AUGGCCUCCCAUUACAACAAGAAGUUAGUUUUACUGCUAUUGCUUUUAGCAGCCCCUGUAAUCGAAUUCGGGUCUGCCAGAAAAAAGAAAUUGAAGAAGACGAAUCUGACAUUUUACAUGGAAGAUUAUCAGACGGGGUCGAAUGUGACUGCAGUGCCUGUUGCGGGCGUAAAUGGGACAAAAACGGGAAUUUUGAACUUCUCGGCUGUUUAUGUGAUCGACAACAGAUUAACAGAAGGGCCGGAGAAUUCUUCAUUGGAGAUCGGCAGAGGUCGAGGAAUGUAUACAAAUUCGGCCUUGGAUGGCACUGAUCUUCAGCUGGUGAUUUCUGUGGUGUUUAGUAACGGGAAAUUUAAUGGUAGUACGCUGCAGAUUCAGGGGUCGGAUCGUGUUUUGUUGCAGAGGCGAGAGGUUUCUGUAGUUGGGGGAACAGGGUAUUUUAGAUUUGGCAGAGGUUACGCCGUUUUGGAAACGGCUUUCCUUUAUGCCUCAACCCUCAACAUUGUGGUUGAUGUCACUGUGCUUCAUUACUAG